CUGGUAAGCAGAUAGUCAGUAUCCAGCUCUUUCAGAAGGGGUACUCUUGAAGGAACCUAGAUGGAACGCAACAGGAUUGGUGGAUGACCUGUCAUGGUGUGGCCCAGUGCCAAGCCCGUAUGUCUUUAUAUACUAUAAACCGAUGACCAGACAGUCCUGAAUGUGCAUUGCUACCCACACUGUCUCUGCCUCUCCGGUUGUCUCUCAUCACCUCUGCAAGCUGCUGCCACUGCAUUUUGUGCUGCUCCUCUGAAGAAGACUAUCUUGAAUAAGGCACAGUUUGACUCUUACUGUAUAUCCAUAGAGUAAAGUGUUUUAGCUUUUACAAAAGCAUCAUUGUUUCUUUGGGUGUUAAAAAAAGAUGGCUCUUCAAAUGCUUCUCCUGACAGUAAUGUCAAUGUCGGUUCUGGCUUGGAACUUCCAAGCGAAGGCAACCUACCAUCCUCGCCAGACAGUCCACCACGAACACUCUGCUAACAUGGAAAACCUCCUGCCCGAAAACCUCCUGCUCGAAGUCGUGCCCAAAGUCUUGCCUGAGGUCUUGCUUGAGGUCUCCCAUCCUGUCAACCUCAGCCGCACUUUCUAUGGGAUCAUGUUCGAUGCUGGGAGCACAGGCACCCGGAUCCACAUCUAUACAUUUAUCCAGAAAGACCCAGUUGAGCUGCCAGUUCUGGACAAUGAGAUGUAUCAUGCGGUGAAGCCUGGUCUGUCUGCCUAUAAAGAUAAGCCUGAAGAGGGUGGGAACACGAUCAGAGCGCUGCUGAAGGUGGCCAAGAAGACUGUGCCAGAGGACGAGUGGAAGCAGACCCCGGUGGUCCUGAAAGCCACGGCCGGGCUCCGCCUCCUGCCCAAGGAGAAGGCUAAUGCUCUGCUGGAUGAGGUUAGGGAAGUCUUUGACGAGUCCCCCUUCUUUGUACCGAACAACAGUGUCUCCAUAAUGAAUGGAACAAAUGAAGGAGUCCUGGCCUGGGUAACAGUGAACUUUUUGACAGGUCACUUGUAUGCCAAGACCAGGAAAACAGUGGGGAUCCUGGACUUGGGUGGAGGAUCUACCCAGAUCACUUUCCUUCCAAAAUCAAAGAAAACAGUUUUCACUGCCCCAGCCAGUUACAUUGCCAACAUCAACAUGUUCAAUCACACUCUACAACUCUAUACUCACAGCUACCUUGGAAAUGGACUUGUAGCGGCUCGAUUGGCAACUCUUGGUGCUUUGGAGGCUGAUGGUUUGGAUUGGAAAGUUUUCACAAGUUCCUGUCUACCCAAGAAGUUCAGAGAGGACUGGACUUUUGGUGGAAUCACCUACAAAGUUAGUGGAAUUCCUGACGGCUAUGCAGGUUACAAGCUGUGUUACUAUGAGGUGAUGAGGGUGGUGAAAGGCAUCGUGCACCAGCCGUUUGAGGUGAAGGGCAGCAGCAUCUUCUAUGCCUUCUCCUACUACUUCGACAGAGCUGUGGAGUCAGGCCUCAUCGAUGGCAGUCGCGGUGGCAUGGUAGAAGUCAGGGAUUUCAAGAAGAGAGCCAAAGAAGUGUGCAACAAGAUGACCAAGUACCGUCCCAUCAGUCCCUUCCUCUGCAUGGAUAUGACAUAUAUCACCUGCCUGUUGAAGGAGGGCUUUGGCUUCAAGGACAACACAAUGCUGCAGCUCGCCAAGAAGGUGAACAACGUUGAGACAAGUUGGGCCUUGGGAGCCACAUUCGAUCAUUUUAACAACUUCAACAUCCACUAAGGGCAGCUAUCCUAACUGUCUGCAGGCACUGAGAGGGACAGCCUGUUAUUUGGGGCAUCUCCUCCGCCACCAACCCCUGACUAGCCCCUCCCUCCUGCUCAGCAGCACUGCCACGCUCCUCCAGCCUGCCCAUCCCCUCCCUCC